AUGGCAUAUCAUAGUUCCAACAUGGCAUAUCAUAGUUCCAACAUGGCAUAUUGUAGUUCCAACAUGGCAUAUCAUAGUUCCAACAUGGCAUAUUAUAGUUCCAACAUGGCAUAUCAUAGUUCCAACAUGGCAUAUUGUAGUUCCAACAUGGCAUAUUGUAGUUCCAACAUGGCAUAUCAUAGUUCCAACAUGGCAUAUUGUAGUUCCAACAUGGCAUAUCAUAGUUCCAACAUGGCAUAUUGUAGUUCCAACAUGGCAUAUCAUAGUUCCAACAUGGCAUAUCAUAGUUCCAACAUGGCAUAUGAUAGUUCCAACAUGGCAUAUCACAGUUCCAACAUGGCAUAUGAUAGUUCCAACAUGGCAUAUUAUAGGUCCAACAUGGCAUAUUAUAGUUCCAACAUGGCAUAUUAUAGUUCCAACAUGGCAUAUUAUAGUUCCAACAUGGCAUAUCAUAGUUCCAACAUGGCAUAUCAUAGUUCCAACAUGACAUAUCAUAGUUCCAAUAUGGCAUAUUAUAGUUCCAACAUGGCAUAUUAUAGUUCCAACAUGGCAUAUCAUAGUUCCAACAUGACAUAUCAUAGUUCCAACAUGGCAUAUCAUAGUUUCAACAUGGCAUAUUAUAGUUCCAACAUGGCAUAUUAUAGUUCCAACAUGGCAUAUUAUAGUUCCAAUAUGGCAUAUUAUAGUUCCAACAUGGCAUAUUAUAGUUCCAACAUGGCAUAUGAUAGUUCCAACAUGGCAUACCAUAGUUCCAUGGCAUAUGAUAGUUCCAACAUGGCAUAUGAUAGUUCCAACAUGGCAUAUCACAGUUCCAACAUGGCAUAUCAUAGUUCCAACAUAGCAUAUCAUAGUUCCAACAUAGCAUAUCAUAGUUCCAACAUGGCAUAUCAUAGUUCCAACAUAGCAUAUCAUAGUUCCAACAUGGCAUACCAUAGUUCCAACAUGGCAUAUCACAGUUCCAACAUGGCAUAUCAUAGUUCCAACAUGGCAUAUCAUAGUUCCAACAUGGCAUAUCAUAGUUCCAACAUGGCAUAUCAUAGUUCCAACAUGGCAUAUCAUAGUUCCAACAUGGCAUAUUAUAGUUCCAACAUGGCAUAUCAUAGUUCCAACAUGGCAUAUCAUAGUUCCAACAUGGCAUAUCAUAGUUCCAACAUGGCAUAUCAUCGUUCCAACAUGGCAUAUCAUCGUUCCAACAUAGCAUAUCAUAGUUCCAACAUAGCAUAUCAUAGUUCCAACAUGGCAUAUCAUAGUUCCAACAUGGCAUGUCAUAGUUCCAACAUGGCAUAUCAUAGUUCCAACAUGGCAUAUCAUAGUUCCAACAUGGCAUAUCACAGUUCCAACAUGGCAUAUGAUAGUUCCAACAUGGCAUAUCAUAGUUCCAACAUGGCAUAUCAUAGUUCCAACAUGGCAUAUCAUAGUUCCAACAUGGCAUAUCAUAGUUCCAACAUGGCAUAUCAUAGUUCCAACAUGGCAUAUCAUAGUUCCAACAUGGCAUAUCAUAGUUCCAACAUGGCAUAUCAUAGUUCCAACAUGGCAUAUCAUAGUUCCAACAUGGCAUAUCAUAGUUCCAACAUGGCAUAUCAUCGUUCCAACAUGGCAUAUCAUCGUUCCAACAUGGCAUAUCAUAGUUCCAACAUAGCAUAUCAUAGUUCCAACAUGGCAUAUUAUAGUUCCAACAUGGCAUAUCAUAGUUCCAACAUGGCAUAUCAUAGUUCCAACAUAGCAUAUCAUAGUUCCAACAUGGCAUAUCAUAGUUCCAACAUGGCAUAUCAUAGUUCCAACAUAGCAUAUCAUAGUUCCAACAUGGCAUAUUAUAGUUCCAACAUAGCAUAUCAUAGUUCCAACAUGGCAUAUUAUAGUUCCAACAUGGCAUAUCAUAGUUCCAACAUGGCAUAUCAUCGUUCCAAUAAGGCAUGCAAUUAG